AUGACAACACAGCAAGUUUCAGAAGACGAAUACUCAAAACAAAUUCGAAAAGAAUAUGCUGAUGUAUUUUCUGGAUUAGGCCGUCUCUCUAGACCGUAUCAUAUGGAAGUAGAUCCCAUGGCAGACCCGGUCAUACAUCCACCACGCAAAGUUCCACACCCUCUGAGAGAUCAACUAGCUGAAACCUUAGAAGAUAUGGUGAAACAAGGCGUUUUGCAAAAGGUCGAUGGUCCGUCUGAUUGGGUUAACUCAAUGGUAGUGGUCCAGAAAAAAGAUGGAAGUCUGCGUAUCUGCAUCGAUCCUAAAGAUCUAAAUCGGGCGUUGAAAAGAGAGCACUAUCAACUUCCAACAAUCGAAGAAAUUACAGCUCGAAUGCCAGGGGCACGCUAUUUUUUCACGUUAGAUGCAAGAUCGGGUUAUUGGCAGAUACCCCUCGACGAAGAAAGUUCCAAACUCACAACUUUCAACACGCCAUUUGGUCGUUUCCGUUUUACCCGCAUGCCAUUUGGAAUCCGAAGUGCCCAGGAAGUAUUUCACAAACGAGUACAUGAAAUAUUCGAAGAUAUUCGUGGAGUGGAGACUGAUAUUGACGACAUUCUCGUGUGGGGAAGAACACUUCAAGAACACGACGAGCGCCUAAAGGCAACGUUGGAAAGAGCAAGAGAAUGCAAUCUAAAGUUCAAGUUAGAGAAGUGCCACUUCAGGUCCACGAGUGUUGUUUACAUCGGACAUAAGCUUACAUCGGAAGGAAUCAAACCUGAUCCACAGAAAAUAGAAGCAAUCGUGAACAUGCCAGAACCACAUGACAAGAAGGGAGUUCAAAGGCUUCUCGGUAUGGUGAAUUACGUGGGUAAAUUCGUACCGAACCUGUCAGAAAUCACGUCACCACUGCGAGAAUUGCUCAAGAAUGAUGUGUCGUGGCAUUGGUCAGAAAGACAUGCAAGUGCUUUCGAAAAGAUCAAAACCAUUCUUACAAAUACAGAGCAUGGAAUCUUAACCUACUAUGAUGUGACGAAACCAGUAAAGCUUCAGGUCGACGCCUCAAAAUCCGGGUUGGGAGCGGUACUUACCCAAUCGAACAUGCCAGUUGCAUAUGCCUCGAGAUCUCUAACACCGGCUGAGACUAGAUAUGCUCAGAUAGAAAAAGAACUUUUGGCAGUCGUGUUCGGGUGCAAUCGUUUCUAUCAGUAUAUCUAUGGCAAGCAAAUUAUAGUUGAAUCAGAUCAUCAGCCUCUCGAAGCCAUUAUGAAGAAACCACUGGAUAAAUCGCCAAUCCGUUUGCAAAGAAUGCUGCUGAAUCUACAAAGUUAUGAUGUUGAGAUAAAAUACAAACCUGGCAAGGAACUAUAUUUAGCUGAUACGCUGUCGAGAGCCCAUCUAUCUAAUUGCAAAUCCGAAGAAGAAACACUGGAUUUGGAGUAUCAAGCAAUUUCCAUGAUUUCAUCACUAGCUGUAUCGGAUGACAAGUUAAGGGAGAUUAAGGAAGAAACGAAGAAAGAUGGGACAAUGCAAGCACUAGUAAAAUUUAUCAAUGAAGGCUGGCCAAGCCACAAAGAUCGUCUCCCAAAGUCAUUACAACCACUAUGGAACUACAGAGAAGAGCUGACGGAAAUCGAAGGCGUGGUAUUCAAGAGUGAUAAAAUUUUCAUUCCACCCUCGCUACGAGAAAAUGUUCUGAAGAAGAUUCAUCAAAGUCACAUGGGUAUUGAGAGAAGUAAACAACGUGCUCGUGAAUUAGUUUUUUGGCCAGGCAUAAACAAAGAGAUCGAGUCAGUCGUCAAGAAUUGUUCUGUCUGUGCCGAGUACAGAUGCAGCAAUCAGAAAGAGCCAAUGUUUCCGCACGAAAUUCCCAAAUAUCCGUGGCAGAUCGUAGCAACUGAUAUGUUUUUCUGGAACGGUGAUGAUUAUCUACUGGUUGUUGACUAUUACAGCAGAUUCUGGGAGAUGUUCAAGGUCUCAAACACAAAAAGCUCCACAAUAAUCGCCAAGAUGAAAACCCUUUUCGCAAGACAUGGGGUGCCAGAAGUAGUUAAAUCCGAUAAUGGUCCACAGUAUUCAUCUGGGGAGUUCACCGAAUUCGCCAAAACGUGGGGUUUUAGACAUGUAACUUCGAGUCCUUUGUAUCCACAGUCGAACGGCCUAGCGGAAAGAACUGUUCGAACAGCGAAGUCAAUUCUAACGAAAGCUCGAAGAGAUCAUCAGGAUCCAAAUUUAGCUAUAUUAGAACAUCGAAAUACGCCGAUCAACGACGUUGGAUCACCAGCGAGAUUGAGUAUGGGAAGAAGACUUCGGUCAAGUAUGCCAUCCUCAACUGAUCAGCUCCUUCCAAAGACGGUGAAUCCAGCAAUAGUCCAGACGAGGCUCAAACAAAAGCAAGCGCAACAGAAAAAAUACUAUGACAGAUCAUCGAGACCCUUGGAAUAUUUAUCUGAAGGCGAUGAUGUUUACGUUCAGCACGAGGGUAGAUGGAAACCUGCUAUUAUCACAAGCAAAGCGGGAACUCCAAGAAGUUUCAAUAUUAUGACAGAAGAUGGUGCCCAAUAUCGAAGAAACAGAAUACAUCUGAGGAAAGCUUAUGAUCGAGUUUCGCAGUCCUCGUCUCCUGAGAAGUCAACCGAAAGUCCAUCGAAAGAAGAAAUCAAGGUUAACUCGCCGAUUACAAAUGAACAAUUACAGUAUCAAGAAACAAGAGAAGUCAACAAAGAAACCCUUAGUUCUACCGGUGAGACAGCAUCGCCAGUAAAAACAAGAUCAGGACGGAUGAUAAGGAAGCCAACUCGGUAUAACGACUAUGUUUAA